AUGGACAGACUCGAGAAGCCCAAGGGUGGGCUGCCUCGUGCCAACAAGAUUGCCGCCCUUCUGACCGGCAUCCCGAUGCUUCUCAUCCUCUACCACAUGCUCUUCCCCACUCCCAUCGAAAAGAACGAGUGGUUCCAGCUGGAGAAGGAACACAGAGAUCGAAUGGUGCGGGCCAUGGAGGAGGCCAACGCCAACGCCAACUCCAAGAAGUAG